AUGUUUGGCAAAUCCAAGUCCACGGCGGACAUCGCGCCGACGUCGUUCGUACCCAAGAAAGCGGCCGCCGCCAACAGCCUGAAGCUGCCGAUCGCGAAAAAGUCGUCCAAUAUCGACUCGACCGUGAUGAAAACCAACACAGUCACGGGCGUCGACGCGACUCAUCUUCAGGCUGGGUCCCGGGUAUGGGUCCCCGAUGCAAAAGUGCUGUGGCGAGUCGGCGAAGUCACAGCCGUCGAAGUGGACACCAGCAUCGUCGAUGUCUUCGUGCCCGAGAGCCCGGAUGAGAAGCACCAGAAAGUCGCGCCUUCCGCGAUGCUCGCGUUCGAUCCGUCGCAUCUUGUCGAUCACACAGACAUGGCGCAGAUGAACAACAUGCACGAAGCUCCGCUCAUGUCGGUGCUGCACCGGCGCUACGUGAACGACUCGAUUUACACAUUCACAACGGACAUCCUGAUCUCGGUCAACCCGUACAAGAGCAUCCCGAUGCUGUACGACAUUGCGGGCUUCAUGGCGUCGUCGAAAGCCAAGCUCGAUUGCGAGCUCAAGACGCCGCACUUGUUUAGCAUUGCCGAAAAGGCCUAUCGCGACAUGCGAGCAAUCAAGCGGGAUGGUGCGACGACGGCGCAAUCGAUCGUCGUAAGCGGCGAGAGCGGCGCCGGCAAAACCGAAGCGUCCAAGCACAUCAUGAAGUACCUGGCCGUGGCGAGCCGCCAAGCGGACGACACCAAGGGUGCCGUCCACCCUCCCGCGGGCCAUGUCACGCUCCAUGAAAAGAUCGAAGAAUGCGUCCUCUUGUCCAACUACGUCCUCGAGUCGUUUGGAAAUGCCAAGACAUCGCGCAACGACAACAGCAGUCGGUUUGGCAAGUACAUUCAGAUCUUGUACGACCGCGAGGGCCGCAUGUGCGGCGUCGCAAUCAAGCAUUUUCUCCUGGAGAAAACCCGCAUCGUCCUGCCCGAGACGAAUGAGCGCAACUACCACGUGUUUUACCAGAUGCUGGCGGGCAUGGAACCGCGCGAACAAACAGACCUGGAACUGACGACGGCCGAGCACUACGAGUACCUCACCACGGGCAACUGCAUUGAAAUCGACGGCGUCGACGACGCUGCCGAUUUUCGCGUGCUUCGAGCGUCCAUGACCAAACUCGGGUUCACUCCCGCGACCCAAACAGAGAUUUUUCAAGUGCUGGCGGCCAUUCUCAAGCUCGGGAAUGCGUCGUUCACCUGCCAGCAGAACGACCGCGACGCGUGCCAAUUUGCCCCAGAUGUGCCUGUGGAAACGAUCGCGAGCCUCCUCGGUGUCAAAGCCACAGAGCUGGAGGAGAAGAUGACGACGCAAACGACAGUCACAGGCCGCGGGUCCAUCCUGCACAUGAAGCUGACGUGCGAGCAAGCCCAGCAUGCCAAGCACGCGUUCUGCAAGUACAUUUAUGGCGAAGUGUUCAACUACCUCAUCGGCCGCAUGAACUCGACGGCGAGCGAGGCCAAGGCCCAGUCGUUUAUUGGAAUCCUCGACAUUUUUGGGUUUGAAGUGAUGCCAGCCAACAGCUUUGAGCAGCUUUGCAUCAACUUUGCCAACGAGGUGCUCCAGCAGCAGUUCAACAAGCACAUCUUUGUGUUGGAGCAGGAGCGAUAUGCUGCCGAGGGCAUAUCAGUGUCUGUGAUCGAGUUCCAGGACAACCAGGAAUGCUUGGACUUGAUCCAGAAGCCUCCCAGUGGCAUCAUGCCCCUGUUGGACGAGCAAAUCAUGCUCAAGCGCAAAACGACGGAUCGCCAACUGCUCUCGAUAUACCACCAAACGCAUUUGGAAAAACACCCGCACUACGCCAAGCCACGGUUCGAGUCGGACGACUUUGUGAUCAAGCAUUAUGCUGGCGAUGUUGUGUACUGCAUCAACGGGUUUAUCGGCAAGAACAAUGACAACUUGCACGAAGACUUGAUGGAGUUGCUGCGUGCGAGCUCGCUCGAGUUGGUCGCUGCCAUGUUGUCUGGGCACACGCCCGUCGGCGUGACGUUGAAGAGCCCGAGAGCUACCGACCUUCCCACGUCGCCAACUACAAAGCAUCGACGGAAUGCGAGCUCGUUGUCGGGGUCCACGACCGUCGCGAGCAAGUUCAAAGCGCAGUUGGGCGGGUUGAUGGACAUGCUGAGCUCGACGACACCGCAUUACAUCAAAUGCAUCAAGCCCAACAACAUCAAGUUCCCCGGCGGGUUUAGCUCGGAGCUUGUCCGGGACCAGUUGAUCUGCAGCGGCAUCUUGGAAGUGAUCAAGAUUCGCCAGCAAGGGUACCCCAUUCGACGCCCGUUCGACCACUUUUUCGAUACCUUUCGCAUCAUCCUGCGCGGCAAAGCUGCUCGUUGCGGGUCAACCAUCGAAGGAUGCCGGCAGAUUGCGACGUUCGCGCUGCUACCAAAUGCAUUCCAGAUCGGGAAAACGGAGAUAUACCUUCGGUACGGCCAACUCGAGCUGCUCCAGUCUGUGUUGCUGUCCGUCAAAGGCGACAUCGCCACGACGAUUCAAUCCAAGUUUUGGCGGCGAUGUGUCGCGCAAAAACAGUACCAAACCGUUCGAAACGGGAUGUUGGCACUGCAGGCCAAGUUCCGACAAGUGGUCGUGACGGAGCGCUACCGCAAGCUGCGAUGGGCCGCGACAAAACUUCAAGCCACGUGUCGGCGCAACGCCUGCGUGCGAGUGUUCACGGCCCAAAAGAAAGCAGCGAUCGUCGUCCACACGAUCGCCCGCGGCUUUGUCACGCGCCGCCGCAUCAUUCGGCACGCCCUCAUGGAACGUGCCGCUGUGACCGUUCAAAAGGUUGUGCGUGGGUACUUGCACCGGUCCAAGGUCGCUCGCGCGCUGAAAUGUCAAACCAAGAGCGCAAUCAAGAUCCAGGCGCUCUACCGUGGCUAUGUUCAACUGCAGCAGUUCUGCCGUGUUUAUGAAAACGUUGUCUUGCUUCAAGCGGUGUACCGCGCCCACCAAAGCCGCCAAACGUUUCUCCGGGGAAAGGCGGCGGCCGUCGCGUCCCAAGCCCUCGUGCGUAAGCUGUUGCAGCGCAAAAAGUUCGUCCACCAACGCAAAAUGGCCAUUCGGCUCCAGUCGUUUGCGCGCAUGGUGCCGUGCCGAGUUUGGCAUGUUCGACGUCAGCGCGCUGCCUGCGCGAUCCAGUGCAUGGUUCGUGGGGCGCUGGCGAGACAACGUUUUGCACAGGUGGUGGCGGCAACCAAGCUCGUGGCGUCCGUCGUGCGCAUGUACCAUUGCAAGAAAGCGCUUGCGAUGAUGCGCCACAGCAUUGCGUGCAUUCAGCGCUCCGUUCGAGUGUACUUGAACCGGCGGUGGUAUUUGAACGUGAUGAAGGCGGUGAAGGUUGUCCAGCGCGUCGUCCGCAAGUGGCGGGUCAAGCGCUGUCUCCAAGGACAGUUGGCGCUCCUCCGGGACGCGUGCGAUCGCCGCGAGUCGGACGUUGUGAUCCAACUCGUACGCGACACCCCCGACCUCAUCCACGUUCGCCACCAUCACAACAACUUCAACUCGCUCUUGCACAUCGCGGCGGCGGCCGGCGAUUUGAACGUCGUUCAGUUCAUCCUGACGCAAGACGCCAACGCUGUGAAACUGGCCAACAGCCGUGGCAACACGCCGUUGCACGAAGCGUGCGCCCAUUCGCGCCUCGACGUUGCCAAGGUUUUACUCCGCGCUGCCUCGUCCAUCAAGUUGCAGGCGCCGGAAACGAACCCUGCCUCGGACGAAGCGCCAGGUGAAGAGCUCAAAACCGAGCGCACGUCACACGCCGACGUGACAGUCCUGGCCGGGACAUUGAGAAAACGCCGUGAAGCGUCAGGCUGGAUGACGCGAUAUGUGGUGCUGAAGACAUGCAACCAAGUCCCAGAAUUGCACUAUUACCACAGCAAGCACCACGUUGGCGGCAAGAGCGACAAGGCAUUGGAUCUGCGACGCGCGCUGUUUAAGAAGAGCGACGACGUUGCGAAUUCGUUUGAAAUUCACUCGCCUGAGCUCCUGCAAGGCCGCAACCGCGAAGGGCGACUCUACUUUCAAGCAGCGAGUGAAAUGGAGCUCCAGACGUGGUUGGCGAGCCUGCGCGACACCGUUCCGUCGAGCCUCGAGACGAGACUCUUUGCCAUGCAGCGGGCACCCAACAGCAUUCAGUACGUCGAUCGCGCCAACCAAGCGGAGUGGGUGAACGCCCCCAACGCCCGUGGCGAAACGAUGCUGCACUUGGCAGCUCACGCGACCAACGAUAACGUGGGGACUGCUCACCGUGACAAGGCUGCGCGCGAGUUCACCAGGACAGACGAGCCAGCUCCUGCCGCCAGUGACACGUCAGCCAUCAAAGCGGACGAAGUGCAUGCGAUCAAGACUUGUUUGUGGCUUCUGGAGCAUGGCGCCGACCUCAACGCGCAGACUCGUUCCAAGCAAACACCACUCAAGCUCGCGAUCCAACGAAAGUUUCACGCGUUGGCUAAGCACCUCUUGGACCGCGGGGCGACGGCAGCCGAGCUCACCCCCACCGAAACAACGAUAGUUCAAGCGCUCAAGCUGGAGCUAGCAAAGUCGGCCAUCACCAACGUGCAGUGCCAAACCAAAGACGAUCCGGCGGCCGUCCUCUUCCUGCUCAAACAGCCCGGACACCUCCGCAACAGUUCGUACGUGUCGCUGUACGUCGACCAAGUUGGGCUCGUCCACGCGGCAGAGUACACUCGUCCCCGCCUUGUCAUCAGCGUCUUUGACACGGAGAAGAACCUUGUUGAGAAGAAGCAGCAAGUCACGUCGCUUCCACUGGCGCAAUCCAACGCCAUGUUCUGGGGCUGCACGUGGCACAUGCAGACUCCCAUGGAGAACCUCCCAGCAGGAGCACUCGUCGUGAUCGAAAUUGUGUCGUCCGCCCACCACGGUCACCUCAUGCCGAGCUCGCCCCAAUACGGCGCGGUCCACCCCGUGUGCUGGACAUUUCUUCACAUCGACAAGCGGACGGCCACUACGUCGGCUUUCACGUCGGAGAUGUAUGUGUACCCGAUGGACCUCAAGCUCAAGAAACUCCAACGCUACGAUGGAUUUAUCAGCGGCGACAUUGUGCUGUCCCAGGGCGCCAUGUCGUAG